CCAGAAUUAAUAGUGACACUAUGAAGUCACAGGGGCCGGGGAAAUUCAAACCCACAGCGCUCGCCGGCUCCGCCCUCGCAUUGGCUGCCCGGUCCCGCCAAUUCACGGCUGUGUGAGAGCGGAGACGUGUCCGUCCGUCCGUCCGUCCGUCGGUCCGUCCGAGGCAGCGUCGGGACCUGGAGGCGGCGGCGGAGCGCGGCGCCGGUGGCAGCGCAGGUGCUGGGAACCAGCCGCAGGGGAGCAGGGACAGGGCAGGACUGAGCUGCCAUCACCUUGCCCAGCCCCGGUGUCACUGCUGAUACUGGCAAUUAAGUGUGAGAGCUCUCAGCAACAGAGCUUGCCAUCCCUGUUGUGUUCUCACGUUCUCUGCAAUCCCCCAGUGUGCUGGUAACAGUGGUGGUAAAAGUGCUGCCAAGCCUGGCUGGAUAAAGGCUUUCCCAGCAGUGUUAGUUCCUUGGGCACAAGGCACUGCUGGGCACAAGGAAAGAGAUUUGGCUUGUCAGUCUGCCAUGGGACACGGGGAGGAGAAGUUCAUCUGCUCCAAGGAUGGCAAUGUGGAGGAUGCCCUGAAUGCCCAGGACAAAGGGGCAUCCCCCCAGCCUGAGGUGCCAGGGGACACCUGGCAAAGGAGCUGCAGAGGAGUCGUGGGAAAGUUCUGUGAGCUCCAUCCAGGCUGUGCCCUGGCGCUGGCUGUGCUCCUGGCUCUGAUCCUGGCUCUGUCGGUGGCUCUGGCUGUGCAAUCGGCAGGGAGCCGUGCAGCGGGGGCAGCUCUGCCUGCGGCCCCGGGGCUGGGCUGUGCCUCUGACUGGGUCGGGUACCGGAACAUGUGCUACUACGUCUCGGUGAACAUCAGCAGCUGGAACGGGAGCCAAGCACAGUGCUCACGGCACGGGGCGUCGCUGGCCAUGCUGCAGGAGGAGUGGGAAAUGGAAUUUCUGCAGCGCCUCCAAGGUGAUUUGGAUUGCUGGGUGGGUGUGAGGAGACAGGGUGAGCACCUGGAGAGAGUGGAUGGCAGCAACUUCACCUUCAGCUCUCUGGUCCAUGGCAAAGCAGACUGUGUCUAUUUGAUUGACAACUCUGUUGCAAGCUCAGGCUGCUCCUUGCACCGGCCCUACAUCUGCAGCAAACCCCAAGCUGUGACUGCAGUGGUGGAGAAAUGACCUUCUGCAGGCUGGGCACCCACAGCUUCAGCCCUUGCCCAGCUCAGAGCAGCACAGGGAUGUCCUACCCACUGCUCCUGCUCUUGGCAACCUCCCACUGAGCUGAUGUGGAAGCUGACAAGUGCCUCAAUGGGAGCUCAGGUCUGGAGGUUUGUUGGGUUUUUUAAUUGCUUCUGUUAGCAGAUUCCAUUGAUUUUACACUGAUGCAGCUCCUGAGGUUGUGGGAGGCCUCUGGCUGUUGGUUCCUGGGCUGUGGAUGGGCCCUUUUUCCUUUCCCUCUCACUUGUUUAGAACUUUCCUUUUCUACUUUUUUAAUAAAAGCCUUUGAGCUUC